UUUUGCGACAGUUGAUGUGGAAGCACAUUCAACGGCAGUGUCAUGGCGACGUACGGAGGCAGUUUUGAAAGUGUUAACAGCAUCGAAGACCGAAAAGAAUACAAACGUAAAGCCAGGGAGGAGGUUAUUCAGAAGGCGAAGCAGCAGUAUGAGAAGGAGGAGAAGAGGAAGGAGCUGAAGAGACAGAGAGGAGAGGACACCUGGAUGCUCCCUGAAGUUGACCUCCGACUGCAGCAGCUAGAACAGGAGGUUUCAGGCAAGAAGAAGAAAGAGAAAAAGGCCAAGAAGAGUAAGAAGAGUAAGAAGGGGAAGAAGAAGAAGAGAGCUGAAGGAGGAGAUGGGUCCAGCUCGGAGGGGACAGGAGAUGAGUGGGUUGAGGCCCAGCCCCAGACAGAGGCCUCGGGUAAAGCCUGGAAGAUUCCUGCCAAGUCUGAGGCCAAGCCCACAGACAACAGCCCUACCCCACCCGAGAACAACCAGAGAGAUGAGUGGAUGACCUUCGACUUCUUGACAAUGAGAACAACGUCAACAGCAGAGAAGAGGGCUGAGAAAGAAAGGCUGAAAGAGGAAGAGAAACAAAAGGCUCGGGUCAUCGAGCAGGCUGGUCUGCACAAGCUGGAGUUGAACCCGUUCUGGAAGGAUGGGGGGAGUGGCCUGCCCCCAGAAGAGAAGGCCAGUAAUGUGCUUAUAAAAGCUGCAACUGUAGAUGAUGGAGGACUAGGUUGGCUCAGGAAGUCUUACCAGAGGAUGAGAGAGCAGGCGGAGCGAGAGCAACGCAGUCUGGAGGUCAUAGUGGCAGAGCGAUAUGGGUCCAUGGAGAAGUUUCAGAAGAGGAUGGAUGAGGCUGAGAUUGCUGUGUAUGGCUACAAGAGAGGAGAGGGGGAAGGAAGAGGGAGAGGAGAGGAAGAGGGGAGAGACCGAGAAAGAUGGAGGAGAGGACAGGAAGAUAAUAUGUGGAGGAAAGGAGAAGUGGGGAUGGAUAGAGAGAAGUGGAGGAGACCAGAGAAGGGUAGGGACUUACCUGGAGAGAAAGAGAGGGGUGGAGAAAGAGAGAGGGAAAGAGAUCGUCACCGAGACAGAGAUCGGGAUAGGAACAGAGAUGGAGACGCAAACAGAGAGAGGGAUGGCGGUAGACCUAGUGACCGGGAUAGAGAGAGGGCUGGAGGCAGAGAGAGGGAUGGAGGUAGACCUAGUGACAGGGAUAGAGAGAGGGCUGGAGGCAGAGAGCGGGACAGACCCAGAGAGAGGGGUGGGGAUGAGAGCCUUGGCUCUGGGCUUGGCCAGAUUCGGCCUCCCCUCUCCCUCUUAGCUCUGAAAAGUCGCUUCCUCAAGCCUGCUGAUGAUGAUGGAGUGUCAUCCUCUGCUCCGGCCCGAGCUUCCAUGGGUUUCCUGAAACCUAGGUCUGAUGAGGAGUCAGAUCGGAAGAGCAGCGGUCCGGCCUGGAGCAACAGCAGCUCCAGACAGAGAUCUGCUUCAGGAAAAUCAGAGCAGGAUAAAGAGAGGGAGUCUGGGAAAACCAUGUCCACUCCUGACCAGGGUCAUAGCAGCAACAGGCCUGCAGUGACAUCAUCCAGCAGUAGUGACAGUUUGAGUGAAGAGGAGGAAGAGGUACCGAUCCUCACAGAUGAAGAGAUGAACAAACUGGGGGCCAGGCUGGUGAAGGCAGAGAUUAUGGGUAACACGGCUCUGAUGGAGAAACUGAAGACCCAGCUGGAAUCAGCCCGUAAAGCCAAGGAGAAUCGUGCCGCACAGCAACCUGGGAAAUCAGACAGGCCUCCAGGUCAAACAGAGGAGGACCAGGAAGUACUUCUCUUCAGAACAGACCAAUCGGGUCGCGCCUGGCCGGUUAAUGCCUCUUCGGAACCCCAGGAGCCCAGAGGAGGACGUAGGAAAAAGAAGGCGAUUGAGACCCACAGGGAUGGGGAGCGUAUGAGAUACUUCCAGGAUGAUGACAGUGUGGGUCUUCAUGAGAUGGUCCGCAGGGAGAAGAUGAGCUCUGCAGAGGACCAGAACUCCCUCUACGCACGCAUGGCUGGCAAGAUGAUGGGGAAGACAGACGAUGACAACUACACCCUGGAUGACAUGUUUGUUUCCAGCGUGGCUCAGAGAGAGGGCGAGGGGCGAGACGAGGAGAGGAUGAGGAGCAGAGCCAUAGCGGAGCACAGGCGACUGGCCGUUACCAUGGAGAAAUGCCAUCACUGCUUCAGCAACCCCGAGCUCCAGAAACACCUGCUCAUCGCCAUAGGAACCAAGGUGUAUCUGAGCCUGCCUGGAGGUGUGUCUCUGACAGAGGGUCACUGUCUGAUCACUCCACUGCAACACCACUGCUCUGCCACUGGAUUGGAUGAGGACGUGUGGACCGAGAUCCAGGUGUUCCGCAGGGCGCUGGUGCAGAUGUUUGAGUCUCAGGAUCAGGACUGUGUGUUUAUGGAGACCCACAUGAACCCAAAGAGACGCCAGCACAUGGUCCUGGAGUGUAUCCCUCUACCCAGAGAACUGGGAGACAUGGCUCCUAUCUACUUUAAGAAAGCCAUCAUGGAAUGUGAUGAGGAGUGGGCGAUGAAUAAGAAGGUUGUGGAUCUCUCCUCCAAAGACAUCCGCCACGCUGUGCCGCGGGGUCUGCCAUAUUUCUCAGUAGACUUUGGUCUUCAGGGGGGCUUUGCUCACGUCAUUGAAAACGAACACAAGUUCCCCCACUACUUUGGCAAGGAGAUAGUUGGGGGGAUGUUGGACGUGGAGCCCAGGAUAUGGAGGAAGUCCAUCAGAGAGAGCUUUGACGACCUGCGGAAGAAAGUCCUUGAGUUCUCCCAGUGGUGGAAACCCUUCGACUGCACCAAGACGGACAGCUGAACCAACCAACCAACACAUCUCAAUAAACCCCUAGCCCCUGUAAAUAUACAGUAGAUGUAACUGCAAGCCAUAUGGCGUUAGCCCCCGCCUUGUCCUCUGAGACGAAGACUCUGUCUGCUUUAUAAUCCUCUGAUCCUGUCAACACAUUGUUUUACUCCUAGAUUAUUCUGAUUAAAUACAGGCAGAAGGCCAUGAAAUAACUAUUUUAAAAGCUGAUGUACAAUUGUUGUGUAUGUUGGGAUUCGUUGUUUUACUAUCUUAAAAAGAAAUAAUUAUGAUGCUUUCUGUUCUUUUACUUUUGUCGUUUAGCAGACCCUCUUAUCCAGAGCCACUUACUAUUAGUGCAUUCAUUUUCAAAUAUCUAGGUGAGACAACCAUAUAUCACAAUCGUAGCAAGUACAAUUUCCCCUCAAAAUACAGUAGUUAUCAGCCAAGUCAGUGUUAGUUAAAAAAGAGAAGUGUAGGUGUAUUUUAAUUUACUGCUUUGUCAUUAGGUAACUUGUAAACACCAAGAACAGCCACACACACACUUUUACUCGUGGCUGAACAGCAAACCUGACCCAGGAGCUGCCUUCAUCAUUCAGACACUAGAUUGUUCCUGACAUGAGUUAACGACUACAAUGGCUCUAAUUACUGUCCCCUGGAAGACCUCUCUCCUCCCUAUCCUGUUAUUUAAGUCCAUCUCGCUCCUCUCUCCAUCUUUCUCUUAUCACUCAUCUCCACUCCCGUGUGUGUCAGUGGCUGUAUGUCUGUGUGUGUUCUAGACAGUAAACGGUCAUCAGUAAUGGUAUUAUAGUGGUGACGAGUGAGCUGUUAUUAUGUCCACUUAGAUGGACCUGGGACAGAUUCACAGCCAAGCGCCACUCUACUGUCCUCUUCCUGCUGACGCAUUCUGUCUCUCUCCCUCACACCCAGCCAUCCACACACCGUCAGCCCAUUUCCCGUGACUAACCCGACCACUUCUGAUUACUGGUGCCGUUUAUCACAGUAUGGUUCAGACAAGUGCUCUACUUGGUUUUACACACAAACACAGGGUACAGCAGGGUACAGCAGACUGUGUUAGUCCUACAGGGCCUGUAUGGCUGCGUUUAGACAGGCAGCCCAAUUCAGAGAUUUUAUUCAUGAAUUGGCCUUUUUUUUUUUUUAACCAAUCAGACAUGAAAAAGAUCAAUUAGACCAAUUAGUGGGGGGGAAAAAAUCUAAUGGGCUGCCUGUCUAAACACAGACUACGUUUUGUUCUGAAAUACAAGCCUACAGUCAGUGUGCAGUAGAUCAGACAAGGGGGAGGUGAGUGUAUCUCUGAAUGACUUGAGGCACCUGUGUGACUCAACGGUAGGCACCUCGGAGCCACGUCAUGCACAAUCUCUGGUAGUGCUGCUAAUUUCAUGUGACUGACAAUGUUACCUUUGGGUGUGAGUGUCUCUGACUGACAUUAACAUCUUUUGUGCUUUAUUCUGUCUGUGGUAUUUAGGUGCAUUGUGAUGGCUGAGCUGUCUCUUGCUCAACAUCACUAAGAAAAAGCAUAUCUUAAGGCACUUACAACCGUAAAUACAGCCUGUUGAUCUGGAGGGAGAUGGGGAGACAUGGAGAAUUCAGUUUGGCGAAAAGGCCUUUUAUGGAUAACACAACACAAUCUAAAUAAUGGCUUUCAAAUUGAAGCUGGGUUUUCGGUAAUGUCAACUGAAGGGACGAGUCUUCAUACUGUAGGCUAUGUUCCCUUUCAAUAAUAACAAGCAUUGCGUAAGCAGCAUUGUUGUCUUCAUGUAACAUUUAAUUAUAAUCUUCAAUAAACCUAAUCAUCUAA